UCUCUCCUUUGCCUCCUUGUUCAUUAAAGUGGAAAUGGUGGGAGAAAAAAAUGUCUUUAUUGUUGGUGUCUAGCAAAAUGAAGCAUCUUUUUCUGUGUCAAACUAUAUCAAAAGAUAGUGAAGUUAAAGUGGAUUUUAUUCCAUGUAAAAGAUAUUCUGAAGUAUUUAUUGGACCUCCUUGUUACUGUGGCCUUGGUUCUGUUGCAUAUUCUGGUCUAUUUCCCCUUCAUUGUUGAAUCAUGAAAUAUGAAAUUGUUAACUUUAUUGGAAUUCUUUGUGGUCAAUCUUCAGAUAACCCAAACAUGAAAACCUUUCACUCAACUUGUCCUACAUACCCUAAGCAUUCCAGCCCCAUGUGCCUGUUUUUAGUUUCUCAGCCAUACUGAGCCUUGAAUGUGUCUGUUUAACACCUGUGCUUGCUAUGGUCUCCUUUUCUUCACCCUCCCCAACCCUCCUGUAAAUGUAAACACCUCUCAGCUUUGAGAUGUCAGAACAAAUGUCACUUCUUAAGGGAACCUUCUCUCACGUCUAAACUUUUCCCUUUCCUUCAUAGUGCUGUACUGCAAGAGUUUGUACCUAAGUAUUUGUACUACUGAUUAAUGUCUAUCCUCCAUGACUCUAGCCUCCAUAACUCUUUCUAGAGUGCUCUCUCUCUCCCUCUCUGUAUAUAUUCAAUAAAAUAUCAGGCUCUCUUUCUGUAAUAAAAAUAUGGAUGUUUAUAUGUGAAUGAAGUAUCUUUCACAUUUUUCAUUUCCAAAGAAUAGAGCACACACAUAUUUUUAUCAAAGAUUCUUUUCUGCAACCAGAAUUUAUGUCAGCAUGGUGACAUCUUCAACUACUAUUUAAAUAUAAGAUGUUUUCAAAUAGACAUUUCUUUUUCUCCCAGAUUUAUUGAGACAUAAUUGACAAAUAAAAGUUGUAUAUGUUUAAGGUGCACAACUUCAUGUUUUGAUGCACAUAUACAUUGUGAAAUAAUCACUGUAAUCAAGCCAAUUGCCAUAUUCAUCACCUCACAUAGGUACCCUCUUUUUUUGUAGUGAGAACACUUAAGACCUACUCUCUUAACAAAUUUCAAGUAUUCAUUAUAGUAUUGUUAACUGUAAUUGUUCGUUGUAAUUGUUAAUAGUGACAUUGCUGUGCAAAAUAAACAUUUCUUAUAUCAGCAAAGGCAGAAGAUAGAGCAAUAUAGCAAUACAUAACAGCAAUUCCUUUUGGGAGCGUCAGAGUUCUUUUAUGUUUUCUCAUGUCAUGUGGCUAUAUUGGAAGGACUAAGAACUCUAUUGUUAGAAUGGCAAUUUCAUAUGUCAAAAGACAAUUACUAGAUUGGAUUCAGGACAUGAUUGAAUCCUUUAGCAAGUGUCUAAAAGGCAGGGGUGUGUGGUGCUGGUUAAAGUCAGUGUCAUAGACUGUAGCUCAGUGUUUAGAAUACUGAAAUUAAAUUUGAAAACCAGAUGGGCUCUCACCAUGUCAUGCUAUUUCGAAUGUAAUAUGUCACGUAUAUUAAACACAUACUUUAUGGUUCUGCAGUCACAGUCCUACAUGCUUUAUACUCAUUAUCUCAGUUAAUCCUCAUUACCACCACAGAAAAUAGAUUCCUUCAUUAUCCUCAUUUUGCAAAUAAGAGAAUAGAGGCUUAAAAAAAACCCUGCCUCAAACACUCAGCUAUUAAUUAUUAGAGCUGGGAUUUGAACACAGAUAAAGUUGUAAUUACCAUGUUGUAUGUUUUCCUCCAAAGAGAAAGACCUAUAACCUUCUUCUGUCCAAAGACAACCAAUUUAGCAAGGACAUGGGCAAUGUUUAUGUGUUUUAGUACUGCCUGCUGCUUUUUCUUUUUUCUUGGAAUGUUCAAGCAUGCGUACAGGUGAUUUUUGACAAUAAUAUUUUUAAAGGUGAAUUGACAUGAAGCAUACACACAAGUGUCUAAGUAAAUUCAUUUGUCUGUUAAAGCUGCUGAAAAUGUCUCAGCAGCUCAAAUGAAGAUUUGUAAGUUUUGUGGAUAUGUUUUCAAAAUUGGAGACAUUGCCAUUAAGGGUCUCUUGUUUCAGGCUGGUCACAGAAAGAAACAUGCAAUUAUGUAUCAAGACUGUUGUUGUUUCCCCUAAAACUAAGGUAUGGGUGUCACUCAGGAGAGCAUUUAUGGUUACUGUUUACAGUGCUUGGAUGAGUGAGUGAACACACUGAGAUGAAAGGACUGACCUUUACUAACUAAAAGGGGGUUCAGGCAGGAAGUCGUUACCGGAUUUAAAGGGCCUGUCUCCCCACUUGGCAGCUCCCUCAACCUAGAGUCUCUCCUUUGGGGUUCAGGCUUACUGAGAAUCAUUAGAUUAGGCUAUUGAAAACUCAGAGGCUAUUCAUGCUUCACAGCCACUUAGAAAAAAACAAUAUAAAGUGUUACUUUUUUAGAUGUUAUGUAUAGUUACUGUCCACAGUUUAUAGUGGGAGAUUUUAGUUUUAAUAAUGGGGGACAAUGCAACAUUAUGGUACCAUUUCAGCUCACUACAGCGGACUGUUUUAGGAUUUAUUAUCAAAACGACAUCUACAUACUGUUUUUUAAUACAGCAUGUGUUCUGAUAAUGUUGUUUAUGGGAUCAAUAGUAUCUUGGAGCUGUCAUUGGUCAGUUUGAUUGUUUGAUCCUGAUUGACCUUUUCUGCCCAAGAGCAGACCUUGUGUUGAGAUUAUGUUUUCAACAUGCCUGUGUUCAGGCUCUCCCAUUUCAAAAUACUCCAUGGAAAACUUCUUUAACUGAAAUAUAGCAGUCUUGUCAUAUUCUUAACUUACUCUAAAAAUGUACAGUAGCAGCAGCUCAGGGUCAGAAUACGAAUUCAGUUUUUCUGUGUUCACAUAUUGUAGGUGAGGAAUAUCUCCUUGUAUGUGAAGUUAUGAGAAAUGUUACCUGGACAUUUUGGACAAAUUGUAUACCUAGUUUUAAAAAACAAAUAAUAAAAAAUAUUCUUUAUUUUGAAAGCAAAUGAUGGACUUUUGUUAGUAAUGUUUGAUUGCUUGUUUUUUUUUUUUUUUGUAGGGAGCUUGGAAACGUGGGGAAAUUGAUUUCAUUAAUUCAUUCACUAAUUUUUAAACAUGUAUACCUUUAUUAAGCACAUAUGCAAUUCCAGGCACCUGGGUUAGGCACCAGUAAUUACAUUAAAGAAAAAAAUCCCAACUUACCAAACACCACCACUAUAAAAAUACCAACUACCUCUUUGUGAAAAGGUAAUUGGUAUAAAUAAAGGAUCUGCUUAAAUUUCAACAAAUAAGAGUAAGUAGGAAGUUGAUUGCUAUUGGGAAACUAUUUCACUUAUACGUAUUCAACUUCUAAACAGUUAUUGUGGCUACAGGUACAAAGAAUGUGAUUAUUUCUGAUAUUGUUGCCAGGUGAGAAUUUGAUCUUUAUUUUUAAAGCUCUUAGGGGAGACAGAGCUUGUUUGUUUCUUGGCUAUUUUAGUUUGUAAAUUCUAUCAGCAAAUCUGCAUACUAAGUGCACGUUAAUUAUUUGAUUCUGACUAAAAAUGACUAAGAUUUUGUUGUCAUUCUUCCCUUCUUUUCUUCCACUUGCCAUUUCCUCUUUCUCCUUUUUCCCUUCUUCCUUCAUCUUCUCCAACUACUAUAACUUACCAGUUAGAGGAAGUAUCAGGCAUUAAGUGCGCGAGAAGUACUACCCUGAGGUUUUUGCAUAGAUUAAUUCUGCUAACCCACACAAUGACCGGAGGUAACCGCUGCCUGUUUUACAGACGAGGAAAUGAAACAACAAGAGUUGAAUCUGCCCAAACUGCACAUAGGAUUGGCUUAGUCGUUUAUUUUCCAUACUGUGUAAGGAAAAACUUUGACUUAUGACAUAGAUGAAAUCAAGGGAGUUUCUCUUUAUCUAGGUUUACUUGUUAGCUGAUGAAAGUGCUUUUAAACUUGAACCUCUCUAAAUAUUUAUUAUUGUCUGCUGACCUCUUUCAUUGAGUAAUUCACUGAAUAGAAAAAUUUAAUGCUUAAGCCAAGCAGAGUCAUUGGGUAUGUAAAUAUGGCAAGUCAGAGUAUUUGAAAACAGUGAAAGACUGUGUUCACUUGGGAUUCAGUAGGGCUUUUAAAAAUAAAAAUAAUAAUAGUAAGCAGCAACAGAAUGUAAUACAAACUAGGAUGCAUGAAGAUUGCAGUGCUGUUGGUUAUUAUUUGAUAGAUGAGCACUCUUGAACACAGUUUAAUCCAAUUUACUUAUAGUUUAUAUGAUGUUUUUUGUCAUCUAAGAAGCAUUGAAAAAAAUGACAGUAUGUCCAAAAUUUUCAUAAAAAUAUUAAAUUGUGGUUCUUAGGGAAACCUGUGGUUUUUCUCACAUGUAAAAUAAGUAUAAUUUAAAUAAUAAGGAAAUUGCAUAAUUUCCCUGUUAUGUAAUUAUAUAAUUACAUAAUAAUAAUGUAACAGUGUAUAUAUAAUGCAACAAUUUAAACAAAAUUGGAGCUCAAAAAAUAGUUCUGAAAGAAUGAAUAAGUCUAUAAAAUUUGGUAAAUGUACUUGGCUGAAUUUGGAUAAUUUAAGCCCAUAUAAAUUCUACUUGUCACAAAAAUAAAUUUUAAAUUAUUAGAAGUAUUAUUCUUGCCUUUGCUUUUGAGGAAAGAACUUAAAAGUUAUGGGAUAGCAAAGUGGGGGAUGCAGAAUUAUGAGGUAAUAUUACUUGAAUUAUGUAAAUUGUUUAUGUAAUCUAAAUAUUAGCUUACUUCCUGACUUUUCUUAAAUUUACUGGUCGCCCUCUGUGACUUCAGGUAGCAGAUGAAAAAACAGCUCUAAAGCUAAGGAGAGAAAGAAGCAUGCAGUGUGGGAAGGGAAGCCAGUAAAACUUUCCUCAAAGAACAGUGGCAGCUAUAAUUUGCAGAGUGCUGGGAAAUGGUUAUUAUCACAUCUCUGUGCUUUCUGGAGGCUAAAACAUUCAACAGCAUGAAGUCUGAUUAUAUACAAAUUUACCUAAAAGUUAGAAGAAAAGUUGUAUUGAGAAUUGAGACACAACAGAGAAGGCCUUGUUGAUUCAAAAUUUCUACUAGCUUCAAAGGCCAUAUUAUCUGAAAUUAAUUCUCUUAGUUAUUACUCCUUCUUCACUGUAUAUUCUCCAUCUCAGUUUAGUGUAUUAAACUGCUUCAUACUAAAGAGUUUGUGAUACCUCCAAUUAACUUUUGCAAUAUUUCCAAUUAGCUUUUCCCCUGAAAGGAAAGAAGAUGAAGAAUAGGCUAGAGAAGGAAAGGAAGUGGCCCCAGAAAGGUUAGCUAUAAGGUGGUAAGGACGGAGGUUUCCUGCUCAAGUCCUUGCUCAGACGUCACUGUCCCCAUGAAGCCUACCAUGAACACAAAAGAGGCACAGUUAGAUGAAGAAGGACAGUUUCUUGUCAGAAUAAUAUAUGAUGACUCCAAAACUUAUGAUUUGGUUGCUGCUGCAAGCAAAGUCCUCAAUCUCAAUGCUGGAGAAAUCCUCCAAAUGUUUGGGAAGAUGUUUUUCGUCUUUUGCCAAGAAUCUGGUUAUGAUACAAUCUUGCGUGUCCUGGGCUCUAAUGUCAGAGAAUUUCUACAGAACCUUGAUGCUCUGCACGACCACCUUGCUACCAUCUACCCAGGAAUGCGUGCACCUUCCUUCAGGUGCACUGAUGCAGAAAAGGGCAAAGGACUCAUUCUGCACUACUACUCAGAGAGAGAAGGACUUCAGGAUAUUGUCAUUGGAAUCAUCAAAACAGUGGCUCAACAAAUCCAUGGCACUGAAAUAGACAUGAAGGUUAUUCAGCAAAGAAAUGAAGAAUGUGAUCAUACUCAAUUUUUAAUUGAAGAAAAAGAGUCAAAAGAAGAGGAUUUUUAUGAAGAUCUCGACAGAUUUGAAGAAAAUGGCACCCAGGAAUCACGCAUCAGCCCAUAUACAUUCUGCAAAGCUUUUCCUUUUCAUAUAAUAUUUGACCGGGACCUAGUGGUCACUCAGUGUGGCAAUGCUAUAUACAGAGUUCUCCCUCAGCUCCAGCCUGGGAAUUGCAGCCUUCUGUCUGUCUUCUCACUGGUUCGUCCUCAUAUUGAUAUUAGUUUCCACGGGAUCCUUUCGCACAUCAAUACGGUUUUUGUAUUGAGAAGCAAGGAAGGAUUGUUGGAUGUGGAGAAAUUAGAAUGUGAGGAUGAACUGACUGGGACUGAGAUCAGCUGCUUACGUCUGAAGGGUCAAAUGAUCUACUUACCUGAAGCAGAUAGCAUACUUUUUCUGUGUUCACCAAGUGUCAUGAACCUGGACGAUUUGACAAGGAGAGGGCUGUAUCUAAGUGACAUCCCUCUGCAUGAUGCCACGCGCGAUCUCGUUCUUUUGGGAGAACAAUUUAGAGAGGAAUACAAACUCACCCAAGAGCUGGAAAUCCUUACUGACAGGCUACAGCUCACGUUAAGAGCCCUGGAAGAUGAAAAGAAAAAGACAGACACAUUGCUGUAUUCUGUCCUUCCUCCAUCUGUUGCCAAUGAGCUGCGGCACAAGCGUCCAGUGCCUGCCAAAAGAUAUGACAAUGUGACCAUCCUCUUCAGUGGCAUUGUGGGCUUCAAUGCUUUCUGUAGCAAGCACGCAUCUGGAGAAGGGGCCAUGAAGAUCGUAAACCUUCUCAACGACCUCUACACCAGAUUUGACACACUGACUGAUUCCCGGAAAAACCCAUUUGUUUAUAAGGUGGAGACUGUUGGUGACAAGUAUAUGACAGUGAGUGGUUUACCAGAGCCAUGCAUUCACCAUGCACGAUCCAUCUGCCACCUGGCCUUGGACAUGAUGGAAAUUGCUGGCCAAGUUCAAGUAGAUGGUGAAUCUGUUCAGAUAACAAUAGGGAUACACACUGGAGAGGUAGUUACAGGUGUCAUAGGACAGCGGAUGCCUCGAUACUGUCUUUUUGGAAAUACUGUCAACCUCACAAGCCGAACAGAAACCACAGGAGAAAAGGGAAAAAUAAAUGUGUCUGAAUAUACAUACAGAUGUCUUAUGUCUCCAGAAAAUUCAGAUCCACAGUUCCACUUGGAGCACAGAGGCCCAGUGUCCAUGAAGGGCAAAAAAGAACCAAUGCAAGUUUGGUUUCUAUCCAGAAAAAAUACAGGAACGGAGGAAACAAAGCAGGAUGAUGACUGAAUCUUGGAUUAUGGGGUGAAAAGGAGUACAGACUAGGUUCCAGUUUUCUCCUAACACAUGCCAAGCCCAGGAGCAGUUCUUCCCUAUGGAUACAGAUUUCCUUUUGUCCUUGUCCAUUACCCCAAGCCUUUCUUCUAGGUAUAUCUCUCACUAUCCGUUAUUCAACUUUAGCUCUGCUUUUUAUUAUUUUUUAGGCUUUAGUAUAUUAUCUAAAGUUUGGCUUUUGAUGUGGAUGAUGUGAGCUUCAUGUGUCUUAAAAUCUACUACAAGCAUUACCUAACAUGGUGAUCUGCAAGUAGUGGGCACCCAAUAAAUAUUUGUUGAAUUUAGUUAAAUGAAACUGAACAGUAUUUGGCCAUGUGUGUAUUUAUAUCAUGGUUUACCAAAUCUGCUUAGUGCUCCAUAUAUAUGUAUAUGUAUAUUUUAAUGACUAUAACAUGUAAUAAAGUUUAUAUCAUGUUGGUGUAUAUCAUUAUAGAAAUCAUUUUCUAAAGGAGUGAAUUCUAAGUUUUAGGGGAAAAAUGCAAUUUAUUUUCAGACUCCCAAAGUUAAGAAUUAAUAUGUCAUGCUAAGGAAAUAGUGACUAUUUUAAAGUAUGCUACUUCCCUUUCAGAAAUAUAGAAUACACGUUUCUGUUAUUAAAGUAUUUGAUUACUAAUUCAAAUCAUGUGGCAAUUAUAAUUCUUCUAAAAUGCUAUCAUUUGUAACUGUAUCCCCUGUAUUAAAUCUCAUUAACCACAGGUGGCUGUUACAGAAAGCUGCAUUGUUUCACACUGAGCUGUUACAUUAGUUCAGGCUAAAUGUUGGGAGCUCCAACCACAUCCAAGAAUAAAUCUGGAAACACACUGCUAGGAUACUGCUGUUAGAGCCCUUCUUGGUCUCGUAUUCCCAGAAAUGAGCUCCCUUUCCUUAGCUUAGAAGAAUGUGAUUAUAUCCAGGACAUCACGUUCAGAAAACUUAGUUUGACUUCAGCAUAGAAUGCAUUACUGUUGGAAUAAUUGGCCUCUAGCUCUUAAAUGUCUCUGAUAACUUAUUAAUAUCUAUCUUUAUAAAAUAGAGUGCAACUACUUUUGUGUAAAAAUGUUUGCCUUUAAAUUUAGUAUUUCAUAUCAGCACAUCGAUAUAUGUAUAAAUGUUCCAUGUUAAUGUGUAAAAGAAUCUGUAAUAAAUUAUUUUUUUCACUUGUC